ACAGUCCAACUAGUAGUUUGUUUUAUUUCGCUGAUUUUAUAAAUUGUUUCUUAUUAACAGAUACUUUUAUAUUAUUUUUAUUAUUUGUAAUAGUUUUCUAGGUACAAUAAUUUCAUCAGUAGUAGUGACCAAUUUCAUUUUUGAAAUUCACAUUAAAAUAUAAUUCAUGCACUUGCACUAUACUUAGACGUGCAAUAAGUCAACAAUGGAUUUAGCUAGAUUGCCAAAUGACAAGAAACUGCAACUCUGUAGGUGGUAUUUUAAAGUUGGCUGUGUAUUUCUGCCAUUUGUUUGGGCUGUAAAUACAGUGUGGUUCUUCAAAGAAGCAUUUGUGAAACCACCAUAUGAUGAACAAAAACAAAUUAAGAAAUAUGUGGUGAUGAGUGGUGCAGGUGCCAUUAUAUGGGCUAUAGCUUUAGCCAUAUGGGUCACCAUAUACCAACUACAAAGGGUGUCAUGGGGCGUCAUAGGAGAUGAGCUCUCCUUCAUCGUACCGCUGGGGAGACCCUGAAGUAGAAGCAAACCACAAGGACGUCAUAGAUGGACUGAUAUAAUUGCUUGUGUAUAUAAUAACAUGUUAAGUAAUAUUUUGGAUAAUUCACAAUAGAAGAUGGACUUU